AGCCUCCUUGCUUCCGUUCCACACCCUGGGAGGAAUGCACACCCCUUUUGGGAUGGGGUCACGGGCAGAGCUAUUAAUCAGAGCGACCAGAGAGCUUCCAAAUAUAAAAGCUGCCUCCAGCCCUGCGCUCAGACCGCUUUGCUGGUGAAUCUCAGGCAGACAGCUCCUGACAGCCCCUCUGUGUGAAGAUGCCGAGCUGCGGGAAGGUGGCGUUCCUACUCCUGCUCCUGACCUGCCUCUGUGCACAGCCUGGGUCCGGGCAGCAGGCAGGGCAAGCCGAGACGGGCACGAGGAAACCUUUCUUUGAGAGGCUGAGGAGACUGGAGGAGCAGUUCCGCUGGUUCCAGGAGCUGACUCUCACCCGCCUUCAAGGAAUCGCAGACAACUACAACAUCUCUUACAACAUCGAGGAGCGCUUCCAGCUGCUGACAGACCAGUACGCCAACAUCUCCCAGACCAUCGGCAGCUUCCACGCCUCCGCCACGAGAGACCUCGACAGCCUCAAGCUCUGGACCAAGAAGCUCCAGAAGAAAAACAAGAAGCUGGAGCUCAAGGUGAGUGCCCUGGAGAAAGCCCUGAACGAGAAGAGCAAGCAGACCCUGAGAGACAACAAGGAGCGCGACGGUGUGCUCUCCAGCCUCACCCAGGAACUCCGGGACCAGAAGGAUCAGAUCAGCUCCCUCUCCUCUGACAGGGACCAGGUGCGGGCCGGCCUCCAGGGGCUCCAGGAUGCUCUCAGAAGCCAGGAGGCCAAGGUGGAGCGGUUUGAGCAGCAGGUGAGCAGCGCCUUGCAGAGCGAGGCCCUUUCCUCCAGUGAACCCUCAGCCCAACGCUCCUCUAACCAGACGCCCGAAGGAAAAGCAACUGAGACCCCGGAUACAGACGGGGAGCAGCAGCAGCAGCAGAGAUCUGGAAAGAAGCUCCAAGUCAAGCAUUUCAAGGGCAGGCAGCUUCAGGAGAGACAGACCCCCGGGACUCCAGCACUCAGACCCAAGACCGCCAAGGAAACCCAGGUGAACCAACCCCUGCAGCAAACCCAGGGGCUCCCACCACCCGUCCAGAGACACAAGAUCCCCUGGCAGCAGCAGCAGCAGGAACAGCCCCCCAAGAAGCCAGGCACGAUAUGCAACGUGAAGUCGAUGCUGGUCUUCCCCAAUGCCUCCACUGAGAACUACGUCACCUUCACUAAGGGCUUCCCUGCAGAGCUUCACGAGCUGUCUGUGUGCACCUGGCUGCGGACCGAGGCUGGCUACCUGGGCACCCUGCUGUCCUACGCCACGGAGGAGAACGACAACAAGCUGGUGCUGCACGGCCGCAACUCCAGUGCCCCGCAGACCAGCCUGCACUUCGUCAUCGGAGACCCCGCCUUCCGUGAGCUGCCUGUCGGCCCGCUGCUUCACCGAGGGUGGCACCACCUCUGCGUCAUCUGGUCAUCCAUUGAGGGCAAAUACUGGUACUACGUCAACCGGAGGCUGUCCGCGGCCGGCUCCAAGUUCCAGAAGGGGUACGAGAUCCCGCCAGGGGGGUCUCUGGUCCUGGGGCAGGAGCAGGACUCGGUGGGAGGGGGGUUCGACAUGGCCGAGUCCUUUGUGGGCAGCCUGGCUGGGUUUGCAGCAUGGAAUCGGGCCCUGACGCCCGGGGAAGUGUCUGGGAUCGCCACCGGGAAGGGCAUGCCUCGAGGGACAGUCUUCACCCUGGACGAUAUCGCCGCUGUCCACGGGGACGUGCAACGUGUGGACUGCGGCUGUCUUGAGCACUGCGUGUGAAACACAUAAAUAAAAACCCACACUGAGGA